GCCCCGGGCUCGCCAUCUGGAGAGCAAGGGAGGAAGGAAGGAUACAGACCCAGGCGUUCACCCCACCUCCACCCCCGCCCCCGCCAUCCCGGCCAGAUAAAGGAGCCGAGUCCAAGAGGGGAGAGAGACCCCGCCCCCCUGAGAAGAGGAGCCGCAGCCCCUGCAGGACGGGGGCCUGCGUCGCGAUGGGUUCCACCGCCACACCGGAGGGCGCCCUGGGCUACGUCCGCGAGUUCACUCGCCACUCCUCCGACGUGCUGGGCAACCUGAAUGAACUGCGCCUGCGCGGGAUCCUCACUGACGUCACGCUGCUGGUUGGCGGGCAACCCCUUCGAGCUCACAAGGCGGUUCUUAUCGCCUGCAGUGGCUUCUUCUAUUCAAUUUUCCGAGGCCGCGCAGGCGUGGGUGUGGACGUGCUCUCCCUGCCCGGGGGCCCCGAAGCCGGAGGCUUCGCCCCUCUCCUGGAUUUCAUGUACACUUCGCGCCUACGCCUCUCUCCAGCCACUGCACCGGCCGUCCUCGCGGCCGCCACCUACUUGCAGAUGGAACACGUGGUCCAGGCAUGCCACCGCUUCAUCCAGGCCAGCUAUGAACCUCUGGGCAUCUCCCUGCGGCCUUUGGAGGCAGAACCCCCCACGCCCCCAACGGCCCCUCCACCAGGCAGCCCCAGGCGCUCCGAAGGGCAUCCAGACCCACCCACCGAGUCUCGAAGCUGCAGUCAAGGCCCCCCCAGUCCAGGCAGCCCAGACCCCAAGGCCUGCAACUGGAAAAAGUACAAGUUCAUCGUGCUAAACUCUCAGGCCUCCCAAGCAGGCAGCCUGGCGGGAGAGAGGAGUUCUGGUCAACUUUGCCCCCAGGCCAGGCUCCCCAGCGGAGAUGAGGCUUCCAGCAGCAGCGGCAGCGAAGAAGGACCCAUUCCUGGUCCCCAGAGCAGGCCCUCUCCAACUGCUGUCACGGGACAGUUCAAAUGUGGGGCUCCAGUCAAUCCCCCCCAUCUCCUCGCAGCCCCAGCUCAAGAGACCACUGGCUCACACUCUGGGCGGGCUUGUCCACCACCAGGAAGUGAAUUUUUCAGCUGCCAGAACUGUGAGGCGGUGGCUGGGUGCUCGUCGGGGCUGGACCCCUUGGCUCCUGGGGAUGAGGACAAGCCCUACAAAUGUCAGCUCUGCCGGUCUGCCUUCCGCUAUAAAGGCAACCUGGCCAGUCACCGCACGGUGCACACAGGGGAGAAGCCCUACCACUGUUCCAUCUGCGGAGCCCGCUUUAACAGGCCGGCCAACCUGAAAACGCACAGCCGCAUCCAUUCGGGAGAGAAGCCCUAUAAGUGUGAGACGUGCGGCUCGCGCUUCGUGCAGGUAGCGCAUCUGCGCGCGCACGUGCUGAUCCACACCGGGGAGAAGCCCUAUCCUUGUCCUACCUGCGGCACUCGCUUCCGCCACCUACAGACCCUCAAGAGCCACGUUCGCAUCCACACGGGGGAGAAGCCGUACCAUUGCGACCCCUGCGGCCUGCAUUUCCGGCACAAGAGUCAACUUCGCUUGCAUCUGCGCCAGAAGCACGGAGCUGCUACGAACACCAAAGUGCACUACCACAUUCUGGGGGGGCCCUAGCUGGGCGCCCCGCCCAGAUCCCACGCGCUUCCCGGAACCCGGGACGGCCGCGGGCUCACGUCUGGCUUCCCCGUCGGGCUUGCGCAUGGGGGGCGUGCGAGGCCCCUCCGGUGUCAGAAACUGCCACCGCCUUAAAUUCUCACUGGGGAGAGCAGGGGUGGCAGAUCUCCGCUUGAUCUGCCUCUGUUUUGCUGGUCAAAACCUCUUCCCCACAAUCCAAAUUGUUUCGGAGGAGACAGCCAGCUGGGAGCUGCGGGAGCGCAGGGGGCAUGGAGGGAACGCGCCUCCACCUGCGGCCCCCCUCUCAUUUGGUUUCUCUGUAAAUAUAAUUUAUUGAGGCCUGUGGGUAACACCAGGGCCUUCAUUCUAUUGCAUUUCCCACGUCCCUCUCCCACAAGUGUGAUCAGAUGUGACCUGAAGCACAGCGUGUGAGGUCACAGCUCUGCGGGCAGAGAUGAGCACUUGGCUGUCUUCCUUCGGCUUGACUGUUCUAUGUGUAUUCUUGUCAUAACUUUCAUCUUUACAGUUGUUGUUUCUCCUAUCCGUUUGCUUGUCGGUUCAUUGAAAAUGGAGAAAGGGUCUCUCUGUGUCCCGUCCCUUCCAAUCCUAGGUCUGGAACCUUAUUUGUUGUAGGGCAGCUCUGGGGACAUGUGGGGUUGUGGAAUUGGGUCAGGAACCCUCUUUGGUAUUCUGGGUAUUGUAGGUUCUCUAGCAGGCUAGAACCGCGUAUAGACUGUCCUCGGGUUCCAAGACUCAGAGGAAGGUUUUUUGGUGAGCUGGAAACGGAAGUAAGAAGUGCUUCCCGCAGGCCGUGGAUGUGGGGGCUUUGGCAGUCUUGGAACAGGAGGGAUGAUUGGAGAGGCUUUCUCAUAUGGCCCUCACGGGCCCAUGAGUCUGGUCACCUAGGUUUGGCUGCACUGUGUCGAUCUGUCAUGAGUUGGGCUUUAGUUGAGCCCAGAAUCCUCGCACUGGGGCCUGUUCUCAGCACUGGGUUGAUCCCUUCCUUAUCAGAGAUGAUGCAACCUUUUCUGAUUCUGCCCAGACUCUAAGAAUGCUAUGACCUACGGGAGAAUUGUUAAACUCUAUCCUGACUAAGAGAUGAAAAAUCGUACCAGUCCUUAACUGUGGAGGUGUCUGGGUUCCAGUGUUCCUUGGGGUUCUCUCUGCCUGGGACAAGCCCCUUCUUCCUUUAGUGGGUUUUUGGACAUCUUCUGGCAAGCGUCCAGAUUCCAGAAACUUCUUUGCCCCUAGAAGUCACAGGUGCUUGGUAACUUUCUUACCUUAGAAAAGCUAGGUCUGUGACCUGGCCUUCCUGUCACUGCAUUCCUGUCUGGAACCAGUGAAUGCACUAGAACCUUCCACAGGGAGAAAAAAGGGGCUGAGUUCCAUUCUGGAUUUGCUGUAGUUUGGGAUUAUGAUUGGAAUUACUGUUGGGAUUAGGGAUUUAGAAGAUUUAAAAGAGUAAUUGACUGAUGGUCCUUCUAGUUGACCAAGUAUCCGGGUAGGAUUAAGAGGUUGGUUGAGGGGCACAGUCUCCGUUGUAGGCCUAGUAGGUAGAAAGUUGGGAAUGGGGAUGCCUCUUAACUAGAUGGGAUGUCUGGAAUGUGAGAGGAUACUCUGAAGCCUUGAUUUACAGUUCUUCCCCUGCUGCCUUGAGAAAUGUUUGAUUGUAGGGUAUGGGUGGAGGGUAAGGAGCACUUUGAAUUUCCGGGGUGGGGUAUUGUUCCCUCUUCCUCCCCCCUGCAGAAUUGAAGCAGGGAGAGAAAGCAGAAGAAAGAUAUGAGAAGGAACCAUGAGUGUGUGUGUGUGUGUGUGUGUGUGUGUGUGUGUGUGUGUGAGUGUGAGUAUUGGUUGGGCAGGUGGAGAGCGCCUAGGGCUAGAAAUGAUGGAUCUUGCAAGAUUGGAAUCUUGGAAUAAAGAACCCUCUCUGUGCUG